AUUAAAACUAAACUUUUGUUUACUAGAUAAAGCCCACUGAUCUAUCUUAACUUAUUUUUCAGAAGCGACCUGGCCAUUAAUGAUAACGAAGAGGCUGAUGUGGAAAUGUAUACCUUAAAAAUUUAAUAGCAUCUUUGUUCUUUGGGAGAUGAAAAAAAUACAAUUCUGUCGGGAGAACUUUCAAGUUCCGUGCUAUCCGGGUGCCUCGUUUUGAGUGUUGUGUUGAAUUUUGUUCAAAACCAAAAACAGGUUUUUCUAGAUUUAGUGUGUGUAAUGAGGUGCUGAAUACAGCCCAACCCUGCAUGGGAAUGUACACUCCAGCUGAGCACAGAGACACGGGGAGAGACAUACACGGGGAGAUUAAGAUAGAUCCAGACAAGAAGAUAUCAAGAUUUGACACAGAGACACGAGACAGACUAAAACACACUCAGACUCGCACGUAAACUUACACUCUGACGUAGACUCGCUCACUCACUUAGACUCAAACACAUAAACACACUCGCUCACACAAGUAAACAUUGUCACACUCUCACAUACUCACGCACGGUCACAUAACACACUCACAAAAAUAUAGUCACACGCACUCACUCAGACUUACACACUUAAACAUACAUUCUUACAUAGUCUCACACACACUCAGACUAACAUACUCAUUCAGACUCAUACACACGAGCCCAGCUGAUCGAGUGGAAUGCUGGCGAUCACCGCUGGUUGAUAACUGCAGCCUUCCAAGCUUGAGCUGGAUGCAGGGAUGCCGGUCACAAGAGAGGACGACCCUCCCCACUACUGCAGUGAUGCCAGUUGCCAUGGGGCCAUGGCAAGACACCCCAGCGCCAACUGCUGCACGAGGCUUCAGUACGUCUGCUCACCGCGUGGUCUCCUGCAGUUGGCCGAGGCGCUGCUCGCCCUGCUGGUGCUGGUCUGCGUGGCUUCAUCACAGGCCGUGUUGGCCGGCUACAGUACACUUGGACCAGGCCUCGGCUAUGGGAGCUCUGAGCUAUCGGGGGGCUACUCCGGGUUCGAGGGAGCUGAGCUGCAGCGAGUGCACGACCUGGACGCUGCCUUCACCCUUCUAAGGGCGCCGGCGCUCUACGGGGGGGUGGCGUUCUCCCUCGUGGCCGCUGUAGUCACGAUCGGGGUCAUGCUGGCCGUGGCGCGCAGGACAGAAAAGAGGCCGGACAGAAGCGCCUUCGUUCGCCUCCUGUGGGUAGAGCUGUUCAUAGACGCACUGGGUAGUGCGGCAUUCAUAGCCGGCGUAGCGCUCUACCUGUACCAGGUGUUGGAGGUGAACAAGAGCGACACCUGCAAGCAGCGGGAGCAGCUGUACAUAAGCCGCGGUUACACUUGGAUGACGUGUACACUCGCAGGAACCGAUGCAGCGGUGGCUGUCUUUGGGUUGAUCGCCGCUUGCUGCUACUUGGCUGGAGCUGUUCUGUGUUGCAUCGGACUGACAAAGGUGAGAAAAUGCAGGCAAACACCUAAUGGCACUCACGCCACUGCUGAUGCUGCUUCUGAAGUUACCACUUCUGGAGACCAGGAGAUAGGGGACAAAGAUCGGAAAAGGAAUAUACCGCCUAGAGUUUGGACUACGAGCAAUGGACACACAGUACAAAAUGGCUGUACUGGACAUGAAACACAAAAUGGCCAUCAUAGAAAUGAAAUGCAAAACGGUCGCUAUGGAAACGCAACUCAAAACGGCGGCGCAAAGCCGGCGCAGGCUCCAGUGCAGGGGCAGAGUAGUCACGCAAUGCAAUUGAGAACAGAAUUGUAAACUCUCAUCAACCAGUCCUUGUAUUCUUGGUUCUUUCGGUAAAGUCACGUAGAAGGGAAACAAUAAAAUAAUAAAAAAUAUAAAACGACGUUUCGACUGUAACACAAGCAAUCAUCAUCAGGUGUGAAAACCAC